AUGUCGACUCAUCGAAUGACGUCAACACGGAUCAACAAACUGCUAGCCGUCCUCCUGGCCGCGUGUCUUGUGGCGCUGCCGCCUUUCGUGGCUUUCGCCAACGCGCAGGGCGACAGCAGUGUGACGUGCGACUCGUCGUCUCUACCGGACUACCAACACUCCGUCAAAUUGAAUGACGGAAGUCUCAUCCUUCACUGGAAGACCGUCAACUCCACGACCGUCAACUUCGCCGCGCAAGCGCUAGCUGGGCCGGUUGCAGCUGGCUGGUUCGCCGUCGGAUGGUCCGGAUCGUCCGGCAUGAUGGUGCCGGGAGAUGCGGUGAUUGGCAAUCUGCCAGGCGGGACAAUGGACGCGUAUUAUCUGGCAAGCCCGGUCCCGGAUCAGGUGCUUCCAACCACGAAAUUCAGCAUUGGGAGCGCAGCCGUGUUGAGUACGACCGCCGAUAACUCGCUCAUCAUGAAGUUCUCGCGCUCAGUGAAAGACGGCAAUGUGAAGGUGCUGCUCAAGGGAGUCAACUACAUGAUCUGGGCCUACUCGGGCAGCUCUCAGACCCUCUCCCAGCACCCUAUGAGUAACAUGGGAUUCCAGCCGAUAGACUACAGCUGCCCCUCUUCCACCAGCAGCGGCGGCGGCGGCACGGGAAGCACUGGCGGCACCGGCAACACGGGGAGCACCGGGAGCACCGGCAGCACUGGCAACACUGGCAGCACUGGCAACACCGGCAACACAGGGAACACUGGCAGCACUGGCAGUACCGGCAGCACAGGGAGCAGCAGCAGCACCGGCAGCAAUGGCAGCAACAGCAGUGGGUUGUCCUCCUCCCAGUCACAGGGGCCGGCCUGCCAUCCCUCCUCCCUCGCGGGCUACACCUGCUCCACUCAGCUCAGGCAGAACGCCUACAUCCUGCACUGGGCGGUCAACAAGGACAGCACAGUGAGCAUGGCAGCACAGGUCGCCACCACGGGCUACAUCGGCAUUGGUUUUUCCAAAGACGGCCAGAUGAUCAACUCUGAUGCAGCCAUUGGGAACGUGCCAGCUGGCACGCUGGCCAACGGGGCGGCGGUGGGGGCGUAUUACAUGAGUGGGCGUGAUGUGGCAUCGGUGCAGCUAACUGACACGUGGAAGGUUACCAACACGUCGGUUACCACCAACCAAAACGGUUACACCAUUAUACGCGGGUCAGCCUCAAUCGAUUUCAUCAAGGGGACGACCACAGCAGGCGAGGGCAGCAGCACAGCAGCCUACAUCGCGCACGGGGCACUCCUCUCCAUCGCCUUCGCUCUCCUCAUGCCCCUCGCCAUCCUCCUCGCCCGCCUCCUCCUUGCUGACCGCCCCGACGGUGCCCCCCUCAACCUCAACCGCAGCCAUCGGCCUCUAGGGUUCCAGCUUCAUAGGGGCAUUCAGCUGUUUGCACUCGUGGUCGCAGUGUCGGGGACGGUUGUGAUCUUUGUUGUAUCAGGCUCUAAGGGGCUGACGUGGACGCAUGGGAAGAUUGGAUUGGCUGCGGUGGUUCUUGCACUGGUGCAGGCUGUGGUGGGGUUUGUGCGACCGGAUAAGACCGCUCCGAACCGCUUCAAGUGGCUGGUGGUGCACUGCUUGGUUGGUGGUACAACCAUUGGGCUUGCGUGGGCCGCCAUGUUUCUGGGCAUCGACCUCUACCGCACCAAGUUCAUGCAAAACGUCACGUGGUGCUACUGGGUCUGUGGCGUGUGUGUGGGCGUCUUUGGAGUGGCAUACCUGGUGUUGGUCAUUCCCGACAGCUUUCUAUCGUUGAAGGGGCGUAAGGAUGCUUCAUUCGCUACUCCGCGGAGUCUCUCCGCCACGGCCCGCGGGUCCCGUCACGUUGCGCGCGCCAAGUUCCAGGGCUUCCGCCAGUCGGCCGGGGAGGCGCAGGAGGCGGACAGCGCAGCCGCUGCUCCGGCGAGCGCGGAAGAGAACGGCGCAGCCGUCGCAGCCGUUGCGGAGGGAGCCGCGGAGGAGAGGGACGCGGGAGGACGCGACGACGAUGUGCUCCCGACGGACCUGGAUGGCGCUGUCCGCCAAGCAGCGCAGUCGGCGGCUUACUUCUGCAACGGAGGCGGCACCCGCGCCAUUGUGGAACUGUUGGUGCCAGAUUUGGAGAUCAAGUCAGACGAAGGAGCGCAGCAGCUGCUGUGGGACACCAGCCGCACCUUCCUCGACUCCCUCAAGGGACACCUUGACUUUGAGAAUGUGAGGGCCAUAUUUCCAGACGCCGGGUCAGCAGCGCUCCUCAAGAACCAGUGGCCGGACGCUCCCUUUGCCUUUUCAAGCCUGAUGGACCGCAAGCCAGUGCAGGAGCAGGACGAUGUGGUCGUGCUCAUCACCCCCGAGUACCAGCAGCUCAGCGUGGUCGAGUCCAUCGGGGGCAUGCUCGCCACAGAGGACGGCUUGACCCGCCCGCUCAUCAUGUACAACCCGAGGCUGGUCAGUGGGGAUGUGGGCAUCGGGCUGAACGUGCGGCGGCUGAGGGAGCGGUUCCUGUCGACGUUUACCACGGCGUUCUGCCUGAGGCCGCUGCCAGUGGGAGCCAUCUACCGGCGGUACCCCAACCCCUGGCAGUUGUAUCUUGACGACCCUAAUGAGCCCGGCCGAUAUCUUCUGUUUCGGCAACAAGGGUCAAAACCCAACAUCGACGAUAUUGAGGAUAUGUACAUGGCAGCAUCGGGAGGGGGUGAGCCGGGAGCAGAAGAGCCUUCUUUCAUCGAGCAGGCUUUUGGAGUUCUUUCAUCCUUCAACCGGUUCAUGCAAUCUCUUUCCAAGUAA